AUGUCGGCAAGAAAAAGAAAACAAUGGCAGUCUGAUGAUAUGCGCAAAGCAAUUGAAGAUGUUAGAAAUAACAGGUUGGGUUAUUUGUCAGCUGCAAAACGUUAUAACAUUCCACGAGCAACACUUCAUCGCUUGUGCAAUAAAGAAGGUUCUCCUGAUACUGUUUGCAGUACUACAUUAGGCCGAAAAACAGCUUUGCCACCGGAAUUGGAAACAGAACUAGUGAAGUAUUUGUUGAUCAUGGAUCAAAUGUAUUAUGGAUUAACCAGAAAAGAUUUGCGAUCCAUGGCUUUUCAGCUGGCUCGACGCAACAGCCUUCCACAUCCAUUUUCAUUUUUACGAGAAUCAGCUGGAAAAGACUGGUUGUAUGGUUUUAUGAAAAGGCACAAAGCUUCUUUGAGCAUUCGAAAACCAACUGGCACUUCUCUAAAUAGAGCUCUCGGUUUUAAUAAGGAAGGCGCCAAUGAGUUUUUUAACCUGCUUGAGAAACUUAUGACAGAAAAAAACUUUCAUUGUGACAGGAUUUACAAUGUUGAUGAGACGGGGUUAUGUAUUGUACAAUCCAAAUGUCCCGAAGUUGUCUCAAAAAGAGGCAAACGACAAGUAGGUGUACUAACGUCGGCCGAGCGAGGCUCCUUAGUGACAGCAGUUUUAUGUAUGAAUGCAGCAGGAGGGUUCGUGCCACCCAUGAUUAUUUUCCCUCGCAAAAAUUCGAGUGAGCAGCUUAAGAAAGGAGCUCCUCCGGGCACUUUGUUUGCGUUUCACCCCUCGGGAUGGAUUCAGACUGAGCUCUUCACUAAAUGGUUUGACCAUUUUUUGGAAAGGACAAACCCCACCAAAGACAGUCCAGUACUCCUUAUUUUAGAUGGGCAUCACACUCACACUCGAAAUAUUGACGUAGUUAUAAAAGCCCGAGAAAAUUUUGUAACAAUAUUAUGUUUGCCUCCUCAUACAUCGCAUAAAAUGCAGCCUCUGGAUAAAACAGUCAUGGGUGCCCUGAAAACUUUCUACAAUGAGGAAGUAUGGCUAUUUAUGCGGGCACAUAAUAGAGCCGUAACACAUUUUGAUAUGGGCGAGAUAUUUGGAAGAGCCUAUACAAAAAUCCAGACUGCGGAAAGGUCAAUAAAGAGAUUCAGUACAACUGGCAUUUACCCCUUUCGACGAGAUGUUUUCUCCGAUGAAGACUUCUUAGCCGAACAGCAAAGACAUCAUGUGCCCCAUCCUGUCACAGCAGAUUUCCCAGAAAAUAAUGAACCAGCGCUAUGUCAUUCACCAAACAUUCUCCCCAAGGAUAUCGCACCAAUACCACAACUGAAAAAAAAAUAG